AUGGAUGCAGGUGCGGACUCAGGCUCAUACUCGGAUCCUGAGCCCAGUCACAGACCUUGGGAACUGACAAGUUGUACAAUUUUCUUAGAAAGAAGUCCAAUUAAGGUGAAGAGUCUGAAAAUAAAAAUGGAAUUCCAAGAAAUUAAUGGGAUUCUCUUGACCAAGAUAAUGAAAGAUACCUGGGAUAAAAUUUGGAACUUCCAAGCUAAGCCCAAUGAUCUGCUCAUUGCAAGUUAUCUGAAAGCAGGUUCAAUCUGGCUACUUUAUAUUUUGGACUUGAUCCAAAAUGAUGGAGAUUUAGAGAAGUGCCACCAAGAUAACAUCUAUAUGAAGUUCCCCAUUGUUGAGUGGAAGUCACCUUCUAUCAUCAAUUCUGGAGUUGACGCAGUUAUGAAAAUUCCUUCUCCAAGAAUAAUGAAGACACAUCUCCCUGCCCAGAUGUUGCCACCAUCCUUCUGGAAACAAAAUACAAAAAUCAUCUAUAUGGCGAGAAAUGCAAAAGAUAGUGUAGCAUCUUACUAUUAUUUCUCAAGAGAAGUUAAUGAGCUACCUGAUCCAGGUACCUGGGAAGAGUUGAUUGAGAGAUUCAUGAAUGGAAAAAUGCUCUACGGUUCCUGGUAUGAUCAUGUGAAAGGAUGGUGGGAAAAAAAGGACAAAUACCCCAUUCUUUACCUGUUCUAUGAAGACAUGAAAGAGAAUCCAAAGCAAGAAAUCCAGAAGAUUUUAAAGUUCCUGGAGAAGGAUGUAUCUGAGGAAAUUAUCAAUAAGAUCAUCUAUCACACCUCUUUUGAUAUCAUGAAGGAAAAUUCAGGGGCUAAAUAUUUGUAUCUCCCUGAAGAAUUGGUAUAUUCAUCCAUUUUUCUACCAAUGAGGAAAGGAACAGUAGGGGACUGGAAGAACCAUUUUACUGUUGCCCAAAAUGAAAAAUUUGAUGAGGACUACAAGAAGAAAAUGGCGGGAACCACUUUGACCUUUCGCACUGAGAUCUGA